AUGGCGGAAAACGGGGACAGUCUGCAGCCAUGGACGGUGGCCACGGUCAGUGCCGUGACCGUCCUGGCCUUUGUAGCUGUCUGUCUUCGCCUGCUGGCCCGGUUCGAGCGCAAGCAGAAGCUGUGGUGGGACGACUGGAUGAUUAUCUGGUCAAUGAUCUGGAACUUCGUCGUCGUGGGCUUCAUCUUCGCCAUGCACCACAACGGCAUGGGCCUGCAUGCUGAUACCCUCCAUCCGAACAACGUCGUCCUCAUCGCCAAGUUCCUGGUCGUCGCGGAGAUCCUGUACGCAUUCAACCUGGUCUGGACCAAGCUCAGCAUCCUCUUCUUCUACUACCGCAUCUUCCACCUGCCCUACUUCAAGCGCUGGGCCUACGCCAUCGCCAUCUUCGUCAUUGCCUGGGUGAUCUGCGUGACGUUCCUCUUCGUCUUCAUCUGCGUGCCCGUCGAGAAACUAUGGUACCCGCAGCUCCCAGGCCACUGCAUCAACCAGGUCGGGACGUGGAUCGCAAACGCAAUCUCAACCAUCGCCACCGACCUCGCAAUCCUCAUUCUCCCGCUGCCUCAGAUCUGGAAACUGCAGCUGCGCGCUGCCGAGAAAGUAGCCUUGACUUUUGCCUUUAGUCUUGGGUUCUUUGUUGUCUUUGCCUCCGCCUACCGCUUCAGCGUCCUCUUCUCCUACACAGCGCUCGACUCCUCCUACACCCUCGCUCCAACAGUCGGGUGGACGGCCAUCGAAAUGUCCGCCGGAAUCGUCUCUGCAUGUCUCCCCACCCUCCGGCCCGCAUUCGCCUUCUUCUUCCGCAUCCUGGGCCUGAGAUCCGUGAUGCCCUCGCUGCUACGAACCGGUCAAUCCCGGACAGCGUCGACGUCGAAACUCAACUCGAAUACGGCGGGCCAUAGCCGGAAUGGGGUGGGCGUGAGUGGUGGUGGUGGUGGUGGGUCUGCGUCGGCGCCGAGUAAUAUUGACCUGGUGCGUGCGAAUCGGCGCUCGUUUUAUCAUUUGCCGGAUGAUGAGAGUGAUUCGCUGGAUGAGCAGACCGGGGGUGAGGGCGGGCGGUUUCGGCCGGAGUAUGAUAGUAUGAAGACCAUGACUGUUGUGCGUGGGAGGGAGAGGGAGGAGAGGGAGGAGGAUAAUGAUCGGUGGCUGAGUAGGGGGAGAAAUGAUGUGCCUCUGCAGGGGAUUAGGGUUCAGACCGAGUUUACCCAGCGCGAGUCUUGA